AUGUCGGAUCCUGCACCUGAAGAACAUCAAACGCGCGAAGCUGGCGCUCCAUUUGACGCCCUGAACGCCGACGUCAUCUUGCGUUCGAUCGACGGUGUUGAUUUCCGGACGACCAAGAGCUACCUGACGCGGGCGCUGCAUGGGCUCGGCGACAUCCUGCAAGCAGGGCACUUGAACGGAAUAGGCGGCGUCGAAGAGCAACAGAACGGCGUACUCGUCAUCCCGCUGCCCGAAACCUCAGCCGUUCUAGACCUCUUCCUCCGCACGCUCUACCCCGCCGAGCUCGACUGCCCGCCACUGAGCAGCAAGCUCAAUCUCAUGGCCGGAGUAUGCAAAGCUCUCAACAAGUACUGCGUCAAGAGCUUCCCACUCGCCGUCUCCGACGCGCUGAUGCUCGCGGCCAAAGAGGAGCCCGAACUCGUUUACGCCAUUGCUUGUCGCUACGCUUCACUUGCCGAAGUGACAAAGGCUGCGGCGCGGAAUACGUUGAAGAAGCCAAGACGGCUAGACAACCUUGGCGAAAGUGAUAUAGCCGACAUCAGCUCGCUGCAGUAUCAUGCUAUAGGGCAAUACCAAAUUGCAUGCCGCAUCGCAGCCGUCGAAGCAUGCGAACCCCCCAACAUGCGAAGCAUGCCAUCGGAUACACCCGGAGCUCGUACCAUCAUACCCUCGCAGCAGGACGCCUUCCACAAGGACUGCUCGUGCCCGAUACACUGGGAACACAUACAGCUUCAGGAGUGUUAUGGUCCGCCAGACGAGCCUGUAGACGUCGAUACGCACGAGUGCAGGUACCCAGUAUGGUUGUAUGAGUACCUUUAUGCCGUGAGGCAUGAGGUGCUGACGGGUGAUACGCUCUGUGGUGAAGUGGCGAUGACGCCGAUGUUCCUUGGGCAGGCCAUUGCGGCGGGGAAAGAGUGUCCGUCGUGUGGGACGGGUGUGGGUGUUGCGGAGUUCAUCGGGUAUGCUCAGAGGUUGAGCCAGUGGAUCGACGAUGCUCUCGACUGCGUUGCCUUUCAGAGCACUGCUUCUGCUGCAUGA